UCCAGGGCAGUGGGACAGGCUUCCAGUGACAGAAGAGAAUUUUCCAGCAUUUUUUUGGCAUUAGCUGUAGAGAACAUUCAGGGGCUCUGCAUACAUCUGCAAGCAAAGCUAGAGCAGCUGCUGUUGUGAUGUCACUGGAACCGUUGUCCUGGUGCACGGACCGUUGUCCUGGUGCAUGGAGUGUUGUGCUGGUGCACGGACCGUUGUCCUCAUGCACGGAGUGUUGUGCUGGUGCACGGACCGUUGUCCUCGUGCAUGGAGUGUUGUCCUGGUGCACAGACCGUUGUCCUCGUGCACGGGAGCCUCCAUGUGCACAGUGUGCUUGGCGUGCUCGUUGCAGGAGGGUGCUCCUCGUCGAGGCACUCACCUCCAGCAGGCUGCACUUGGACACCAGGGGUGUCCUUUUCUUCCUUGGCGUGCACAGGCUGCGGAAUUCUUGCCCAGCAUGGCUAAAGUCUUCCAUCGAAUCUGUGCCGCCUUUCGCCGGGUUUUUCCUAUGGCCUAUGCUUUUUGUUCCCACCCAGACAAACCCGGGCUGCUGACCCAUCUAGCAAGUAAAUAUGUGUUUAGAAACAGAAGAGGCCGUCCUUCGAGGAAACUACCUCGAGCUGACCCUCCUCAGGCUCCUUCUCUUCCUUCCCUUUAUGAGGAUACAGAGGAGGAAGACAACAACGAAACUCCACCUGUUGUUGCACCAGAGCCUGAACAGCCAAACUCUACCAAUACAUGCUCUGGAACAAAAUCUUCCAUUGCCCUGGAAGCUGCUGCCCUGGAAGCCGCUGCACUGGAAGCCGCUGACAAAGACAACACUCCCACACCUGAGAUCCCCUACCUGAGCACUUCCAGCAGUUCCUGCAGCAGCACCAACGGGCAGCAAAAGACGGUAGAGGAUGACAGCCUCAAGAAACUGAGGAGUAUUGUGAGUGUGGGAGAUCCUAUGAAGAAGUACGUUGAAUGGGAAAAAAUUGCCAGUGGUGGCUUCGGAACAGUCUAUGCAGCGACCGACACUGCCACAGGAGGAGAGGUGGCCAUAAAGCAAAUGUGUCUCCAAAAACAGCUCAAAAAGGAACAAAUUGUUGAUGAGCUCAUUGUCAUGAGGGACAACAAGCAUCCAAAUAUUGUUAACUAUUUAGACAGCUACCUGGUUGGAGAUAAACUGUGGAUAGUGAUGGAAUACCUAGACGGAGGCUCCUUAAGCGAUGUUGUUAAGGAAAUAAACAUGAGUGAAGGAAUGAUGGCAGCUGUCGCUCGAGAGUGCCUGCAAGCACUGGCCUUCCUCCAUUGCCACCAAGUGAUCCACAGGGAUCUCAAAGGCGAUAACAUUCUUCUUGGAAUGGAUGGAUCCGUCAAGUUGGCUGAUUUUGGUCUCGCUGCUCGCAUCACACCUGAGCAGAGCAAACGAAGCUCAGUCGUCGGCACGGCUCACUGGAUGGCCCCCGAAUAUCUAACUAAAGAAGAAUACGGACCCAAAGUGGAUAUUUGGGCACUGGGCAUCACAGUGAUAGAAAUGCUGGAAGGAGAACCUCCUUAUUUUUGGGAGCUUCCUCACAGGGCCAUGCAGCUCAUCAUUUUAAAGGGGAUACCGGAGCUGCAAAACCGCGAGAAACUGUCCCCUGCAUUGCAGGACUUUCUGAACUGCUGCUUGCAGGUAGACGAGGACAGUCGAUGGUCUGCUGAGAAACUUCUGCAGCAUCCAUUUUUACUCUCAGCCUUGCCCCUCUCCGGCCUGACGACUGUGAUCAAUGCAGCAAACCAGCUGUGGGAGGCCAGACAGAGGAAGGGUUUUGGCAUGCCUUCCUCCAGUUCCAUCGAUGGGUGGAACUCAGAACAAAACUGAAGGAGCCUCAUCCCCGGUGUAUACCCUGGGGGAGUUCUACAGAGGAGGGGGCGCUUAGGAGUCGAUUAGGGCACAGGGCAUCACCACCAGCAGGUGGUGAGCAACUGCAUUGUACAUUGCUUGUUUUGCUUGGGUUUCAUCCCUUUCUCCGUUUUACUACUGUUACAAUUAGGAUUUGCAUUAGUAUUACUAUUAGUGUUUGUAUUAGUAUUAGUGUUAGUAUUACUAUUUGUAUUCAUAUUGGAUUUUACUCUGUUUCAAUUAUUAAACUGUUCUUAUCUCAA